AUGGCGUGCAACACUGUCGACCAUAAGCAAGCAGCCGCUUCUCUUCCUCUCUCAAAGAACAGCCGUGGCAGCGGAUACCGCGACGAUCCAGAUACCGUUUCCAUGCACACGACGCGUAGCGAUUAUGAGUACGACGAUCUGCCCGAAUUACCGAGCUAUAGUGGCAGUGUAGCUGCGGAUGGAGAGACAGUAGCGAGGGCAAGCCAUAGUGCUCUUCUCCCGGCUGGCCACGAUCAAUACGCCUCCAUCAUCUCCCCCAAACAACCUCGUAACUGGGCUGCUUUCAAGCGAAGCGAUUGCACACAAAGCCCCUCAGCCGCAGUGGGAAACGAAACAUCGAUCCGCAUGGAUGAAGCAUUGAUGCAUCCUGAGCACCUGUAUGAAUACAUUGAGACAUAUCUACGCAACGUUCCUCCUCGCCCAUGUGUGAGGAUUCAAGGGUGGCACUGGCAGACAGUGAAGAAGGAAAAGGAGAAGAAGUAG